CACUUGCAGUCUAAAACCAUGAACUAUGUGGGGCAGCUGGCUGAGAAUGUCUUUGUCACCAUGAAGGAGCUGUACCAGAAUCUAAACCCUGCCACCCUGUCGGGUUGCAUCGAUGUGGUCGUGGUAAGGCAGCCUGACAACUCCUUCAAGUGCUCCCCAUUUCAUGUGCGCUUUGGGAAGCUGGGAGUGCUGCGCUCCAAGGAGAAGGUGGUUGACAUUGAAAUCAACGGAGAGCCUGUGGAUCUGCACAUGAAGCUGGGAGACAAUGGAGAGGCCUUCUUUGUUGAGGAGUCACAGGAGCAUGAGGAGGCCACCAGCGCUGGAGUGAUUGUGUGCAAGAGGAGGCAACACAAGAGAAGGCUCAAGAUGGAGUUGGACUCUGAUUCUGACAGCUGUGAUGAGACCAAAAGCGAGCUGCCAGCCCCAAGUGAUGCAGCAUGUUCAUCCUUUGCUGAUCUCCCUGAAGAAACUGCGUUGUUGCAGUCCCGAGAGAUAUACCCAUACUCUGAUGGGGAGCUGCUUGAAGAGGACAGCUUCGUGCUAAGCCAUCAAUCUUCUCCCAAAAGUGAUUCUGAACUGGACAUCAAACCACAGGAAAGUUUUGCUCUAGGGGCUGAAUCCCUCAUGAGGUGGACCUGGGGAAAGCUCCCUCAAGCUGGGAACAGCAUCUCCAGGCUGAAGGACAUCCUCCAUACUGUCACGGCAAAGAGAUUUUUGGGGGUCUACUCAGUCCCACAAGAGAAACAGGAGGGAGAUGAGAAUGUUGUGCCAGAGGUUCAGCCAGAUGUGGAGCCCCUUGAGGGAGCCACUGCUCCAAGGCAGGCAGGCUCAGAAGGCCCUGAGUCCCAGCUGGAGAGCCAGGGGAGGCAAGGAUCCAUCAGAAAUCCUCACUUGGAUCCCAGUGCCAUUUACCUUGGAGACCUCUCCAAGACGGACCAUGAACCGGUGGCUCUGUAUAUCUCCAGGAGUGACACAAAGCCGAGUUUGAGGCCUGUGACAGACCCCAGCAACCCUCUGUGUAUCCAGUUGUCAUCCACCUCACCUGACAACAGCCCCAUGGACUCUGACUUGAUGCCCACAGUUGCCCUGUCACUGUGUGGGGGCCUCAGGAGCAACAGGCAGAUCUCUCAUGAGAAGUUCAUGGAACACAUGGUUUCCUACCAGCAAUUUGCUGAGAAUCCAAGGCUCGUCGAUGACCCAAACCUGGUGAUAAUGAUCAACAAGAAGUAUUACAAUUGGGCAGUGGCUGGUCCCAUAAUUCUGGCCCUGCAGGCUUUCCAGAGGAACAUUCCUGAGAGCAUCAUUGACAAAUUGGUGAAGGAGAAGAUGCUCAAGAAAGACAGAAGGUGGUGGUUCUCCUGGAGGAGAAGAGAAUUCCCAGCAGAGGGGCAGCAGCCGAGGCCAGGGAAAGCCAGCAUGGGAGCACUGCAGCAUGACCCUGCUCAGCAGAGUCAAGAGGAAGAGGAGUCAUCCAGUGACAGUGAGCCCCAGCACCCUGGGGACAUGUUGACAGUGGAAGCCCCUGCUCAAAAGCAUUUGCCAACCUACAAGAAAUCCCUGCGGCUCUCCUCCGAACAAAUUGGAAGGUUGAAUCUACAGGAUGGCCCCAAUGAGGUGGCAUUCAGCGUGACAACUCAGUACCAGGGCACGUGCCGCUGUGAGGCCACCAUCUACCUCUGGAACUGGAAUGAAAAAGUGGUGAUCUCAGACAUUGAUGGCACCAUCACCAAAUCAGAUGCUCUUGGACACAUUUUGCCACAACUGGGUAAAGAUUGGACUCACCGUGGGAUUGUUACACUCUUCCACAAAAUCCAUCUGAAUGGCUACAAGUUCCUCUACUGCUCAGCCAGGGCUAUUGGCAUGGCCCACAUCACCAAAGGCUACCUCAAAUGGGUCAAUGAGCAAGGCUGUGGCCUCCCCAUGGGCCCCAUGCUGCUUUCCCCCAGUAGCCUCUUGUCUGCCUUCCACAGGGAGGUGAUUGAGAAGAAGCCAGAGGUGUUCAAGGUCACCUGCUUGACAGACAUCCGAAAACUGUUUCCUACAAAGUGUCCCUUCUACGCUGGUUUUGGGAACAGGCCCAAUGAUGUGUAUGCUUACAAGCAAGUGGGGCUGCCAGAGAGCCACAUAUUCACAGUAAACCACAAGGGAGAGCUGAUCCAGGAGCUCGCAAAGAACCAAAAGUCAACAUACGAGCAGCUGUCGGAGCUGGUGGAAGUCUUCUUCCCUCCUGUGUGA